GUGCGCUCCUGAGGCGCCGGGCGCUCCCGCCACGGGAAGAUGGCGCUGGAAGCGGGCGACAUGGAAGAUGGGCAGCUUUCCGACUCGGACUCCGACAUGGUGGUCGCGCCCAGCGACAGGCCGCUGCCGGUGCCGAAGGCUCUAGUGGGGGACAGCGCCAUGAGGGGCUUCCAGAGCGCCACAGCAGCGUGUGCACCAGCAGCACACUACCGGACUGUUCAAAGUGUGGAUUCAAGUGAGGAGAGCUUUUCUGAUUCUGACGAUGAUAGCUCUCUUUGGAAACGCAAGAGGCAGAAGUGCAUCAACCCUCCUCGCAGGCCAGAGUUUGACCAGGGCGGUCAGAAGCCGCCUGCUGCCGGCGGAAAGAAGGUGAACAACAUCUGGGGCGCUGUGCUGCAGGAACAGAACCAGGAUGCCGUGGCCACUGAACUGGGCAUCUUGGGCAUGGAGGGCACCAUCGACAGGAGCAGGCAGUCGGAGACAUACAACUAUCUGCUUGCUAAGAAACUUAGGAGGGAAUCUCAAGAACAUACAAGAGAUUUAGACAAAGAGCUGGAUGACUAUAUGCACGGUGGCAAAAAGAUGGGCUCAAAGGAAGAGGAGAACGGGCAAGGUCAUCUCAAACGGAAACGACCCGUCAAAGAUAGAGUAGGACCCAGGCUAGAAAUGGACUAUAAAGGCCGGUAUGAGGUCACGGAGGAAGAUUCUCCAGAGAAGGUGGCUGAUGAAAUUGCUUUCAGGUUACAGGAACCGAAGAAAGAUCUGAUUGCACGGGUAGUAAGGAUAAUUGGAAACAAAAAGGCAAUUGAACUCCUGAUGGAAACUGCUGAAGUCGAACAAAAUGGUGGCCUUUUUAUAGUGGUAAGACUGCUUGAUUAUUGUUUUUUCCUACUUUUCAAUGUGAUUUUGACAAACUUGCCU